AUGUCCAGCAACAACAACUUCCGCCGCAUUACCCGUAGCAGCGCAACCACCAGUGUAACGAAUGUUCAAGCUACUGUCUCCUUUCAGACCAGCGGCAUGGGACAAGACGACGUUUCGAUGAGAACAGUUAUCAGUAUCUCAUCUGAUUCUGAUUCUGCUUCGUCAUUCAUGUUAUCAGACGAAGACAGUGAGCACUCGUCAACUUCAAUUGCUGAAGAGAUUGAAUCAGAAGGCGAGUCUACAGCCAGCAACUUGGACGAGAUGAUUACUACGGCCGCUGGAGUCCCGUUACCCAGACCUAUAAGUCUUUCAGAGAUUGAUACAAUCGAGCUUUGGUCACGCAAGGUUCAACGUCGCAUGAUCACCAUUAGUCAACUAAUGGAGCGAGCUCAUGAUUACGAUAGUGCUGUCAAGUAA